GCAACUGGGCAGGCGCCCGGUGAUGGCCGUGGCGGGUCCCGCCGACACGUUCCCGAGGGAGCGGCGGGUGCGGAACCUCCUCCGGCGGCCGCACCGGCGCCCUCUUCAACGCCGUGCUGUUCUCCGGAGGGCUGUUAAAAUGGUGCAACUGCCCAGUCAGAUGCUUGCGUAGCUGAAGCAGCAGCCUGGAUUCGAUCCCUGCGCUUUGAGAACGGCACAAACGCUGUGAGUGGCUUGGCUGCGGCGUUUGAGGACCCGGGCUGACAGUCAGUGUAUCUGUUCACUGACGUACUCCCAGAGCAAGAAUCAGAGGAAAUCUGCCAACUUCUUAUGGAGAACAAGUUGCAUCCAGUAACUGUACAGCUUUGCCUACAGCCAGUGUAUCCUGAUUCACAGACUUGAAUGUUAUUUUACUCUUAGGUAAGCUCCACGUCCAUCUCACGUGUCCAGUGUUGUCAUACAGCUAAUAAAGAUCCCUUUGGCUCUCUGCUGCCAAGAUGUCCUGUAACGUAGUAAGUUCAAAAUCUAAAGCUUUCCUGUUUGUGCGUGGAACCCAGAUUCCCUUUGUAUGACCUUGAUAUCCUCAGCAAAAAAGAAUUUUAUUGAUUCUUCCCCAGAGGCUUCCAGUUUCAUGAGGGGGGCUCGUGUGUUGGCAAGGAGAGAAGCUGAUGGCUAUUACUACCUGGGCCACAUUGCCCAAGAGGUGAAGGGCUCCAGAGAACGCUUUUUAAUUGAGUUUGACACAAGUCGCACUCUGAAAGGCAAGGUACAGCUUCACAUGCAGGAAACGCCUCUCUACGACAUUCUCCACUACGAAGAUGCCAGGCGACAGCCUCUUGCUCCAGGAGACAGGGUCUUGGCACCAUGGGAGGCUAGAGCUGAACGUUUUGGCCCAGCCACUGUGCUGAAGGUUAUGGAGAACGAGGAAGCACGUUUAGCACACAACAGAAGAGGAGUGCUUGUGAGCUUCUGGAAUGGGCAGACUAAGGAGGUGUCUUCUGACCAAGCUCUGCGGAUCCCUCUGCCCUUAAGCGAACGCAUCAUCCUAGAACUGCAGAUGCCUUUAGCAGCCAGGAAGAUGGUGGUGGAUUCAAGCUUGGAUUACCCAUACAUUGUGACACCGGGUUAUAGAGCCUCAGGCCAUUACAGGCAGGGUCGCUCACACCUGGACUACUGGCCAAGGGGUCUGUAUUCAACCCAGCCAUGUGCCAAGUGCAGCUGCAGGUGUGCCUCACUUCCCCAUUGCUGCCUUGCAGCCUGGGAACCCACAUGGCCUACAGGGUGUGAAGUGCAGGAAGAAGAUGCCUUCAUCCCAGGAACAAGCUUGACUAAAGAAGAGCACAGCAAGAAAAUAGAAGAGCAGCUGUCUGAAGUGAGGAUUUCUUCAGAAAGUGUUUCCAGAGAGGAAGAGAAAAAGGAAGAUAAGAUAUUGAAGACAGAAAAUGCUCCAAAAGAUGUUCAGUCUUGUUUGGAAGAGGACAAUGAGGAUAUAGAACCUAAGAAGAGUUCUCAGAGGGAGAUGGCUCAUGCUGUGGUUGAUACUGCUGUCAACACAGACAGCUGGUUAAUGGAGACAGUCCACAGGGAAGAACCAGACAGCAGACAGCAGGAUGCUGAAACUGAGGGUCUUUUUGAGUCCAGAGUGGCAGAAGCUCCAAUCCAGCAUUCCCAAAGGAGCCCUUCCCUGGGAACCAGUGCUUUGGUCCCUUUCAGGCGCCAAAGCUUCUUUGACCGAGUGAAUCAAUCGCUAGAGAAAGACAGCCUGACCAUCGAAUCAGCUCUACGUGUACAGAGACCACACAGUGCCUCCAAUGUGCAGGCUAGGAGAUCCACAAAUCUCCUAAAUCUUCUAAAAGACAAAAGCAUUACAAAAUCAAUCCUUAAUGGUGCAUCUCAGGAGAGAUGGAGAGAGAUGGACUUCAACAGAGCCAAGAUUGAGCACAAAAGGUGGCAAAAGGAACGGAGGCAGCUGGAAAGGGAGCAGCAGCAAGAGGCGGAUGGCAUCCGACGCCAGCUGUGCAGGGACAACCAGAGGCAGCGGUUGCGUCAGAGAACAUUGCAAGGGCUGGAGAAACAGCUGGAGCACAAAGACAGAGCUUUGCAGCGCAGGGCACUGCUCCAGGCUGCUGGGGCAGAGAGGAGCAGGAAGGAAUCCUUCUUGUCAGAGGAGGAGAAGAGGAAGGCAAGUGAGAGGCUGCAGUUCUUAAAGACACAGCGUUUGCAGAGAGAGGAGUUGCAGGCAGAACGCAAUGAAAGGAGCUCUGAACAAGAGAAAGAAACGCUGGAUUUCCUCAGGAGCAGAAUGCAGUCACAACAGGAAAUGUUGGAACAAGAAUCACAGGAGCAGGACAGGAAACAAAAAAAGCACCAGGCUGCCAAAGGGAGAGUGUUCCAGAGCAGAGACCGUUCACACCAGAAGAUGGAAAAAGAAGGCCAAAAACUCUGUGACCUCCAGCAGUACCUCAGAGAACAGAAUCUUUUGAUGCUCCGGGCAUCACUGCUAGCGUAAGGAAGCUGCAGCAUGGGUGAGCAGGCCCUUGAGCAGUUCACAGACCUGCUCUGUGUCUUGUAGGUGCGAGUCUUGUAGGUGCUGGAGGUUGGGUGCUUGAGUGCAGUUGUGACAAGUGGAAUUAUGAUUCCUGGAGAAGUCUUUAAUGUCCUUUUCAUUGCAGCCAGAGUGCAUUUUCGCUUUCCUUUACAUGCCUUUCUUUAUGGAGUUAGUAUUGUAGUCCACCUCUGCCAAAUGUUAUUCUGUGACCCUGCUGGCAGACCUGACUCCACAACAAAGAGCUACCUGGGUAUUUAAUAUGGAACACAGCCACGGUGCCAAGUUUCUGCCCCAAAAGCAUCUGAAGGAGGCCGGCUCUUCCCACAGGACUCCAAGGAGUCAGCAACCACAGUGCUGAGUGUUGUAGUCUGAGGCUGGUGAAAGUGUCAUGAGACGAUGCAGAGUGGAGCAACAGAGGACCUGUGAGUUACGAAAGUGAUUGAAAAGGUACAAGAUCAGAGGGGUAUCAGGUUGUAGCUGCUUUCAGGAUGACAAUGACAGGGAAAGGAAUUAGUUAAGUGAGGGCAUGGGCCAUACAAUAGAGUAGGAAGUGAAGAACAAGAAUGAAGGUCAGGAGAAAGGCCCUGGGAAUGAGUCCCUCAAGGGAAGUGGUGCAAGCACAGGGUAAUACAAACCUAACACAGGCUAAUACAAAGUGUCCCAGUGCACAUGAGUUGUAGAGAUCCAUAGGGAAGAAGUCACAAUACAUAUGACACAGUUGUGCUACUUCCUGCCAAAACUGCUGUAAGGGGCAGGGCAGGGAUCCAGUGACAUAAGAGGUGCUUCAGAAAACCCUCCAGCUUGGGCCUCAGGUAAGUGUAGAUCUUCUACUGCCAGGGCAUAUGUACUGUUUGGAAUACAUAGGCCGCUUGCCUAGAGGAAGAACGACUUGUAGAAGCCCAAAAAGAAAGAUAGUUUUUUGGUGACAAGCCACCCUUUCUAGGCAUUGUGAUGAGAAAAAUGUCUGCUCUCUGAGAUACCCGUCUUUGGAGAAUCACCAAACCCAAUGGUGGGCCUGGGGAUCUGUUCUGCCUACGAUCUCGCUUUCAGGCUGGCAGACUCCAAAAGCAGGAAAUCUUAUGUCAGAAAGAUACUCAGAUAUCUUUGCAGAUAGGGUGCCUGGUCAGAAUAAACAGACUUUUUGCUUUUUGUUCACCAUGAAUAAAUGACAAUGCUACAAAGACAAAUGAAUUGGCAAACUGACAGUUAAUAAAUUGCAUAAGAAACCGAGGUAGCCAUACAACUAUAGGAAGAGUUCCCCAUUCAGGCGAUAGCAUAAAACACUAAACGUGACUCCCCUGAUUUUCUAAUUGCUUUACUGACUUUCCUUAACAAAGCCUGUGGUGUCAGCCACUCCCAUGGACAAGCUAUCAGCUUCUCCCCUCCCCUGAAAGGAAAGAGUAAGGCACCUCAAGAGACAGUUUGCUGCAACAGGAAAGGAGAGAAGAGGUUUUUUUAAUGUAUUGUACUCCGAUUAGUGGAGGUGCUUUCUUUCACAAAGCAGAGGAAGAGGUUAUAGUUGCCACAUCCUGAAGUGCUGUCCCUCUUCCUCGUAUCAUCAGAGGUACAAAAUAUAGCAGCUGUGUCACAGAGAAUGCUGUUAUCAGCUUUGGGUAGCCAGAAAUGUAACUGUUCUUUUCAUGUGAGGAUUUAGGAAAGCAGAAUGGGCAUGGCACAAUUUAUUUGCUGGAACACUCAGAACCGUAUCGAAGGACGUUCUUAUUUUACACAAAAUUAUGCUCAUAUAUAUGAAUAAUAUUUGUAAUACCUUGUUUUAAGCAAUACCUAAAACCAAACUAGAUACAAAAUUUAAAUGAUGUUGCCUCAUACUCUGUGUACACUUAGAAAGAAACAUGUUACACAUUUUCUGGCACAUCGCUCAGCAAAAAACAUUAUUAUAAGAAUUUACCCCCUUUUACAGGAACACAGCACCAGUGAUAACAGCAUUUUCUAAAAAAAAAACCUUAAAAUUGAGAAAAUUGUAAAAGGGAGCUCCUUUGAAAUUCUGCCAAAUCUUUUGAAUGGCCAGCAGUUUCUCAGCAAUAAAUCUCAGUCUGUGUUCCUCCAGAGAUAACUGAGAGGCUAUGCCUUCAGCUUCUCCCAAAAAGACAAUUAUUAAAACUGUCUCUCAUCCAGAUGUUUACAAACUAUUCUAAGGCCUUAAUAGCUAAAAGGGGUAUUUUUAACUUUAGGAUCCAUAAUAUGCAUGAACCAUACUGAGAUUUUUGUUUAAAAAAAAAUAGGGGGAAAAGGAAAGAAAGACAAACCUAUAUAUUAAGUGAAGACUUUGACAUUUUGUUUGUUUGUUUAAAUUAAGUUCUGAAAAAAAUGUAACUUGCUGCAUAUAUUGAAACCAUAUGUGAAGCACACACAGUUUUGCAUUUUAGAUGUGGAAUUCUAGAAUUUGGUUUAAGCUCGGUUUAGCCUCUGGAAAAGUUGGGAGAAGUUUGCUCAGCAAGAAGAUGGGUGGCUGUGCCCAACACCUGCCCAGCUGAUGGACGCAGCAGAGUGCUGUGCCUGGCACCUCUGCCCCCUACCUGGGGUAGCUGGGUGGGAAUGGGAGGGGGCAUCACAUUACUGAGUGAAAAUGGGUGCUGGCAGCACAUGGAGAUUUUCUUUGAUGUAAAGUUUGGGUGCUGCUUGCUUUUCUUCUUUUUCAAGUUCUCUUUUACGCAAAAUCAUGUGCUAGUUAAGACACCAGGGUACCUAGUUAUAAGUCUAACUAGACUUACAGAAACAAGCCUAAAACUUAAAAGAGAUUAAACUCUCCUGCUUCUUUCAUUCUUAAGCAUUUGGAAAUGGAAUACGUAAUGAUUAAAGGAAAGUACAUGAAAUGUAUUGAGCAGAAUCUAAACUUAUUUUUCAGACUUCAUUUAUAUAUCAUUAAUCAUUAUUUUAUAAUCACCAUAAACCAGCAGAUUGUCU